AUGUAUAAGGUUAACACAGUGCAAACUCCACAUGGUGGGAGUCUGCCGCCAAGUCCUCCAGGUCCUCCUCCAGGUCCACCUCCGGGUUCGCCUCCAGGCCCUCCUCCAGGUCUUUCAGGUCUGCCUCCAGGUCCUCUAGGUCUUUCAGGUCGUCCUCCAGAUCCGCCUCCAGGUCUUCCUCCAGGUCCUCCAGAUCCUCCAGGUCCGCCGUCAAGUCCGCCUCCAGGUCUUCCUCCAGGUCCUCCUCCAGGUCCCCCUCCAGGUCCCCCUCCAGCCAGCGGGCCCCCUCGCGCACUUGGGCCGCAGAGCCGCCGUGAGGAUCCCCGACCCUCCGGCAGAGCAGCCGAAGGACGGCCCCGCCUCGGCCGACGGACAACGUCGCCCUCGGACGUUGUCGACGAGCAGGGCCUCGGCCUCGGUGGCCCUCCGAGCGAGAGGCGGAAGGAGCGCCGAUGCCUCUCGAUGUCGCGGGAGUCGUUUCUCUGGAAAACGGAUCGUCUUCCUCCAGGUCUUUCAGGUCCUCAUCGAUGUCCUACUCCAGGUCUGCCGCCAAGUCCUCCAGGUCCUCCUCCAGGUCCACCUCCGGGUUCGCCUCCAGGCCUUUCAGGUCUCCCUCCAGGUCCUCUAGGUCUUUCAGGUCGUCCUCCACGUCCGCCUCCAGGUAUUCCUCUAGGUCCUACUCCAGGUCCUCCUCCAGGUCUGCCGCCAAGUCCUCCAGGUCCGCCGUCAGGUCCUCUUCCAGGUCCGCCGUCAAGUCCGCCUCCAGGUCUUCCUCCAGGUCCCCCUCCAGGUUCCCCUCCAGGUCCCCCUCCAGGUCCCCCUCCAGCCAGCGGGCCCCCUCGCCCCCCUCGCGCACUUGGGCCGAAGAGCCGCCGUGAGGAUCCCCGACCCUCCGGCAGAGCAGACGAGAGCAGCCGAAGGACGGCCCCGCCUCGGCCGACGGACAACGUCGCCCUCGGACGCCGUCGACUUGCAGGGCCUCGGCCUCGGUGGCCCUCCGAGCGAGAGGCGGAAGGAGCGCCGAUGCCUCUCGAUGUCGCGGGAGUCGUUUCUCUGAAAAAUGGAUCGCGAGGUUAA